AUGGCGUCCAGCAGCCGAGAGGAUUACGGAGCCUAUGGCUUUACGGGAUGCAGCAAGACGGCUCAGCCCGAGACUCGGGGCGCCUUGCAGAUUGCCUCACAGGGUUCAGGCCUCCGCAGAGCUCGUGCGGCUGCUGCAGAUUGGGGUCCUUGCCUUCGGAGAAACGUGAUCAGCGAGAGAGAACGCAGGAGACGGAUCUCCUUGAGCUGUGAGCGCUUGCGGGCUCUCCUGCCCCAGUUUGACGGCCGGCGGGACGACAUGGCCACGGUCCUGGAGAUGGCUGUGUACUUCCUCCAGCUUGCUCACAGCAUGGAUUCUGGUUGGGAUCAGCUCUCGGUUUCUCAGCCUUCCCAGGAGAUGUGGCACAUGUGGCAGGGUGAUGUUCUGCAGGUGACCCUGGCAAAUCAGAUGGCAGACAGCAAGCCAGACUCCGGGACAGCAAAAGCAUCUGGCAUGGCUUGGGUUCAGAGCCCCCCAUGCUGUGGGAUGCUGGCUAUAGAUCAGAGCCAAGCCACGGGGAGAGUGUCGGAACUACAGGAGAGACCGUCCUUCUGCCCUGGUAAGCUCCAGAGCACGUUGUCACUCAGUGCCCCAGAGCCUUCCUCCAGCUUGGGUCCUGGGCUCUCGCCCUGGCUUCAUCACUCAUGGCAGUCAGCCACCCCCCAGCCCAGCGACACUGCACUUGGUGGGCUGCACCAGGUGGAAUCCCUGGCUAGGGACACUGAAUCUCCCGACAUGCUGGUUGAGGAGCCCAACUUGGCCUUGACAUCUGUGCCUGACGCCAGGUUCACUACAGGGACAGGAUCUGACAUGGUAGAUGGAACAUCCUUCCUGCUGACCACCAGUCCUGAUUGGUGGUUGGGGUCGGUGGAAGGCAGAGGAGGCCCAGCUCUUGCCAGAAGCAGCCCAAUGGAUGGGGUAGAGCCACGCUUCGUGGGGGACCCCGAGCCCUGCCCCCAGGAGCCCCAGGCUGGUUCCCCAGAGAUGUGGGGCUUGGAUUUUGGCAGCCCUGGUCUGGCCCUGAAGGAUGAAGCAGACAGCAUCUUCCCCGACUUUUUCCCCUGA